AUGGCGUCGGCUUCAAAUGCCGCGAGGAUAUUUGCGCUGGCAUGCCGUAGGGCCCCUCGAGUCCAUCCGCUGCCUCCAGUACAGCAAAUUUCUCGGCAAAGCCUCGCUGCACAGCGAGCAUUCAGCACGUCAUCAGCACGAUGGACCGACGAGAAAACGAAAAAGGAGGGGGCCGAAGAGAGCGAGGGAGAGCUACCGCAGCAGUUGGAGUUGAAGACCAUGAACAAGGCUUUCGCCGAGACGGCCACCCCUGAGGGAUUGCGACAGCUCGACGAGCUGGCCAAGACGAACGGCUGCAACACGAUUGACGAGUUCUUAACAGCAAAACUGAGACAGACGCCUGGCUGGGCAUCCGAGGACAGAGCAUUGGAGGAGGAACUACUCAAGGAUGACAUUGGCGAGAAGCCCAAUAAGUCAUCGUUCUGGUUCGACGAGGAAGAUCCCGAAACCAACACCGAGGAGCAUGAUGAGUUUGACGAGGAUGACAUCACUUCUAUGGCGCAUGGCAAGCUGGAGGAAGUUCGAGAGAUGAGACACUACGCCCGACUGGCAGCUUGGGAGAUGCCUCUUCUCACAAAAUUCGCCAAGCCCUUCGUGCCCCCUAAGGAGAGUGAAGUCCUCCGCUGGCGAUACACAACCUACAUGGGUGAAUCACACCCCGCCGAACGAAAAGUUGUCGUUCAGUUCGCCCCCGACGAUCUGAAGCUCACGCCUGUCCAGACGGCCAAGCUGAAGAAGCUCGUCGGUCCCCGAUACAACCCCGAGACGGAGCUCGUCAAGAUCAGCUGUGAGAGCUACGAGCACCAGGCCCAGAACAAGCGCUAUCUAACAGGUCUGGUGGAUGAUUUGAUCGCGGCCGCCAAAGACCCCAAGGAUACCUUCGAGGAUGUGCCCCUGGACCUGAGGCAUCACCGUAUCAAGGAGAAGCCGAGAUUCCCCAAGGAAUGGAGAAUGACCAAGGAGCGACGACUGGAGCUGGACGAGCAGCGAAAGGCAGCGGCGAUUGCGGACAUGGAACGGGCCGAAAGUGGAUUGCUGGUGGACGGCAAGCAGGCCAUUGACAGCUAUCUGAUGCAGAAACUGAUUGAGGAACAGGAGAAGCAAAAGGUUGCAGAAAUGGUGCCUGCGCCGAAGGCUGGAAAGGGUGCUGCGCCGGCGAGAGCAAGGAGGUAG